UUGGUUGGGAAGCCACUGCUGUAAGCGAAUCUUAUAUUCAUACACUUGUCUUUGGUGUCUAUAUUGUUCUCGCUAACUUCACAAAGGUACUUUACUAGUGUCUUUGUAUCUUUAGGCGUCUUUCUUUUUGGCUAUGACCAAGGUGUCAUGUCUGGUAUUAUAACGUUCGUCUCCUGUCCUAAAAGAAGGUCCCAGGGUGUUCUCAAAUUAAUAACAAGGCAGUGGUUGGUAUUUUAAGGACUAUUUCAACCAACCGUCACGCGCUGCAAUUGGUACGGUUGUUGCAAUUCUUGAGGUUGGAGCCUUUAUAUCCUCGUUACUUGUUGGACGUAUUGGCGACUUGAUAGGGCGUCGCCGAACGAUUCUUUACGGCUCAAUAGUCUUUUUCAUAGGCGGAGCACUGCAGACAUUUGCAAAUGGACUCGCCAUGAUGAUGGUUGGUCGUAUCGUCGCUGGUUUAGGAGUUGGCGCGUUGUCAACGAUCGUGCCUGUUUAUCAGUCUGAGAUAUCGCCCCCCCACAACCGAGGGAAGCUGGCGUGUAUUGAAUUCACCGGAAAUAUUUCAGGAUAUGCAGCCAGUGUAUGGGUUGAUUACUUCUGUAGCUUCAUCGACAACAACUAUUCGUGGCGUCUACCGUUACUAUGCCAGUGUAUAAUGGGGGCUCUUCUUGGACUAGGAAGCCUCAUUAUAUGUGAAUCACCAAGAUGGCUGUUGGAUAAUGACUAUGAUGAGGAAGGCAUGGUAGUCAUUGCUAAUCUCUACGGACAGGGAGACUUGCACAAUGACAAAGCAAGACAGGAAUACAGAGAAAUCAAGAUGGAUGUUCUUCUUCAACGGCAAGAAGGUGAAAGGUCUUACACUGACAUGUUCAAGCGAUACAAGAAACGGGUCUUGAUAGCCAUGUCCGCUCAGGCUUUAGCCCAACUGAAUGGUAUUAACGUCAUCUCCUAUUAUGCCCCGCUCGUUUUCGAAUCAGCAGGGUGGGCGGGCCGCGAUGCUAUUUUAAUGACUGGCAUCAAUGCAAUUUCAUACCUCGCAUCCACGGUUCCUCCAUGGUACCUUGUUGACCGCUGGGGUAGGCGACCAAUCCUACUUUCGGGAGCUGUCGCUAUGAUUGUCUCUCUCUCUUUGAUAUCAUACUUUAUUUUUAUUGAUGUUGCAGCAACUCCCACGCUCACUGUGAUCCUCGUUAUGAUCUACAAUGCUGCUUUUGGCGCAUCCUGGGGACCUAUCCCAUGGCUAUACCCGCCUGAGAUCUUGCCAUUAAGCAUUCGUGCAAAAGGCGCCAGUCUUAGCACAGCUACGAACUGGGCUUUCAAUUGGCUUGUUGGAGAGCUCACACCUAUCCUUCAGGCCGUAAUAAAAUGGCGCCUCUACCUAGUGCACGCCUUUUUCUGUGCGUGUAGCUUCGUCCUCGUUUACUUCCUAUAUCCGGAGACUAGUGGCGUUCGUCUUGAGGAUAUGGAUACUCUGUUUGGGGACGCAACUACCGCCAUGCCAACACCCGCCUCUCAAGGAGAACGUGGCUCUCUAAUGGGUGUUAGUUCGCCUGUGCCUUCACUUGACAUACGGCGGCAAUAUGGCCAGUUUGGCCCUGAAAAUGCCAUUCCUGGUCUAGAUAUUGAUCCUCCGAUCAUCAAUGCUGGCGAGAAUGCUAAAGUCGGUCAGCGUGGUUCUCAAGAUGGCGGUGGCCGCCUUGAGGGCCUUGGCGGUUGGAUCUCGAACAUGGUCUCUCGCCACAAGGGGUCAUCUGGACAACGGCUCCAAGGCACUCAGUAUAGACGCCUUGGGCAAGAUGACGAGAACGAGUAAUGGGACGGUAGGGCAUCAUCAGCUCGCAAUGAGGUCCCUAUACAUCUUCCAUUGAUAUCACAUUUCCUUUUUUUUUUCAAUUCUUUUUCCUUUACUUCUUACGAAGGGUCUGGGAUGGAGUUUUUUACAUGUCGCACGUGCCCGUUUCUUGGCCUUUGCUUCGUGUCCAUAUCCUUGACCGCAUAUCACACUCUGUCUCCUAGUACACGUACGCCUACCGUUGUCUUACCACAUUGCUGCGUAGAAUAACGGUGCAUCUGUCUUGACACGGCCUUUUGUGGGAUAGUAUAGAGUUAUCAGGUAUUACCCAUGCCGAGAUAUUAAUUCGGACUUGAAAUCUCAAUGGACAUGAGCUAAUCACUGUGCACUGGGAUGAAAGAGAUCGCAACAUUUUGUCCUAGAUGUUCACAACCUUGAAGAUAGCGCUCAAGAUAAUAGGGAUUACUGAGAGCUGUGUUCUUCAAUUAACUCCAUCAGUCUCUUUGGGGGUGAACGUUCGGAUUAUGGCGGAGUGACUUUAGUGGGAGUAGGCUGUUACUGUGUGGUAAUAUGUGUAUAUAAAAGAAAAUUUAGUCGUUUGCCGAUCUUGCAAA